AUGUGGAGAUCGUGGUCUCUGAAGUCCUGGUCGUUGAUUGCUAUUGUUACAAUCGACUGUGCCAUCAUUGCUGUUGUUGCUGUUCUUCUUGCUUUCUCGCAGAAGGAUGAUGGAUUUGUCUCUGUCGCAGAUCAAAGCGUCUCGUCAUCUGGAUCCAGCCAGCAAAUUUCGUGGCAACAGGGUCUCCUAUGGACAGCAUUACCAUCGGUUCUUCUUACGCUGUACCGCUUCUACUAUGAUUCUGUUGUCACAGCUCUAUUGAACGAGGUGCCAUUUGCCGAGUUAUAUUCCGACAAGGGAACUUCAGUCAGAAAAUCAUUGAUGCUGGACUAUCGAACCUAUCCAUCGAUAUACGCUUGGGUUUUUGCUUUUCGGAAUCGACAUUGGCUGCACGGCUCCAGCAUGCUGCUCGGGUGGAUUGUCUCCUUGUUCAUCGUCCCUUUCUCGGCUCGUUUGAUGGCUCCAAGCUACGUCAAUCUCGACCGUCAGACUCCAGUAUCAUUGACAACAAGCUUUGACUCUUCCGCUAUCAAUGCAUCUGUCGACUACAGUUCAAUACUUGACACUGUGUCAGCGGUGAGAGUUCAUGGUGGGAACCUGCCCCCUUGGACUGACGGAGAAUUUGCGUUCCCAGCCGUCGACCUCUCUCCCAUGUCUGAAGAUCCGAAUGGCGUGAGCGUAGCGCUCAAUAUUCAGGCUUAUUCGGCGUAUCUCGACUGUCGAAGUCUCACAGACUAUCAGAUAGAUCGGCUAGAUGCUGAUGAGGGUUCUACAAUCACCUUCUCCGCUAUCGACAGGGGCUGCGAUGUUGAGAUUAAAGGCGGCGUGAGUGGGAGUUCAACGACUUACCUCAAAACAAGCUCGAAAUUAUUCUGUCCUGGCGGUACUGGAUUCAGCCGACUUGUUAUGUUUAUCGGAUCCUACGACGGCGAUGCACCGUAUUUGUUAUCCAACCUCAGUCUCAUUUCCUGCAUGCCAUUAUACAGGAAGACGCCCGGCUAUCUCAACAUCACGAGAGCAAUCUCGAAUGCUCCGCUUUUAGCGUUCAGUCCGGACGAGGAGCACACCAGCGACGCUAGGUUCGACACCUCGGCAUCAUUCGAGUCAGAAUUGCAGAAUGUCCAGCACUUCACCCCUGGAUCACCUGAUUUUACUUCGUCUCUAGGCACGGUGGUCCUGGCUUACUCCCGAAUGAACUACCCUAGCAACUGGAUCUCUGCCGAACACAUGAUAUCGUCCAUCGCCACGAUUUUCACCACUGUUUUUGCCUUUCUCGCUGCCACCGUGGCGUAUAAACCCACUUCAGGAGCGACGACAGCCUCAGCCACGCUUACAUCGUCCGAGAACCGACUCCACGUCGUCCCAUGGAUCGCGUACGCGUUCUUUGCCAUCUUUGCAGUCUUGGUCUUCCAAGCCUUGCUAACCCUUCUGCAUGUUCGGCGCCAUCCCACCUUUUUGCAGGAGGAGCCGAAAGGGCUCAUGAGCAGUGCGGACUUCGUCUCAAAUAGUCCGAGCCUGCACCGAGUGGUAGCAGCGGCUCAAGCUGACCGAGAAUACAAGGGCAGGAUAUGCGCGUACAUGGAGAGUAGGUAUGACAUCGACAGGACCAAGUGCUGGGUGACACGCGAUGGAUCAGACGAAAACACCAUCGUUGUCAAUGACCUGCAACCGAAGGAGGCUAAAGGGAGUCAGAGAAAAUGGGUCUGGGGGAUUCCUCUAAGACACCUCUCGCGAUCCCAUGUCAAAUGA